GAAGUAGUUAUCGAUCACGUGUUAGACGACUAGUACUUCCUCUUUCUCUUAGCGUUGCCUUCAUUGACAACACACACACACAAUAACAAUGCCGCCGAAGAAGGACACGAAAAAGGAUACCAAAGCCCCGGCAAAGAAGAAAGAGGGAUCCGGUGGCGGAAAGGCAAAGAAGAAGAAGUGGUCGAAAGGCAAAGUACGGGACAAACUGAACAAUUUGAUCCUUUUCGACAAAGCCACUUACGACAAGUUUGUCAAAGAGGUUCCAUCGUAUAAACUGAUUACACCGUCGGUGGUCAGCGAACGACUAAAAAUUAGAGGAUCAUUGGCCCGACGGGCGUUAGACGAACUUCAUCAGAAAGGACUGAUCCGACAGGUGAUCAAACAUCAUUCACAGAUCAUCUACACGCGUACCACCAAAGCGGAUGACGCGGCCGAAGAAGAGGAGGCCGCAGCAGCCGCUGCUGCCGAGUCAAAGGCGGCCGGAAAGAAGGGCGGAAAACAAAAGUCUUAAUUUAAUAGAUUGUAUUCUUUUCCCAAUAAUAUGUAUAUCUUUUUUGAUGAUUAAUGAAAUAAAUUGAUCCUUUAAUAUGAUAUAAGGUAUUGAA